AUGCCAGAUAAUAAGCGUGAUAGUCCAAUUUUAAGUGAAGGAGUUGCAGAAUUAACUGCAGAACAUUUACAACAACAACAAUUACAAAAUCAACAAUUACAAGGUAAAAUCCCAUCACUAUCAUUUUUUCAACCGAACACACCUUCUAGUUCAAGACAUGGAAGUAGUUCAUCAACAAGCAGUAAAAGGAAAAACUCACAAGCUUCAACAACAUCACAAUCUUCAUCGGCAUCAGCAAGGCAACCACCAGCUUUAUUAAAAUCUCAAUCGACUAAUAGUGGUAUCCCUUUACUUAGUUCACAACAACAUGCCAAAAGAACGCUAAGUAAUGGCAGUAAUAAUGGACAACAACCUUUAGGAACCCCAGGUAAAGUAUCGUAUCCUACUAACUCAAACAAUCCACAACAUCAAUCUCGACCACCAAUUAGCAGAUCUGCAAGUGGAUCUAUACUACGAACAAGAUCUCGAUCAUUAAAUGCUACAUUGCAACAUAAUCAACAAAUACAACAACAACAUCAACAAAAUUCACAAUAUGCAGCUCAAGAAAAAUCAUAUCUAAGAAAACUCAAAAAUCAAUUAGUUGAUGAUUAUUACACUAAGGGUAUAACAGGUGCAGAUGAUGAGGAAGAUCAGAACAUAGAGUUUGAAGAAGAUGAAGAUGAAGAUUAUGACAUGUUUUAUAACGAUGGAGACAAUGCAAAUUUAUUAGCUGCUAUAGACGAUGAUAAAUAUCAAAUUGAUUAUAGUAUGGCACUUUCGUUAAUGAAGAAUGCAAAUGUAAACCUAAAAAAGAUUGCAAAUGUACCUACUGAAGAUUCGGAUGAUCCUGCUGUUAUUGAAAGAUUGGAUUGGCAAUCUAUGUUAACUACAGUGUUGACAGGUGAUGUUGUUAGAUCAGAAAAGACGAAAAUAAUAAAUAAUCAUAAUCCAGAUAAUCCUUUAGAAAGUUAUUUACACGCGACAUUUAAAGAAAAUAUAUGGUUUGGUAUACGAGCUAAAAUAUUUAAUAGAACGGAAGAUGAUCAAAGGAAAAUUGUUGCAUAUAGAAGAACAUUAGUUGAACAAUUAAUUGAAGAUAUUCUACAAUUUGAAGUGAGUUAUGAUGAUACUGUGGGUAAUCCAAUACGAGAACAAGUUGAAUUAAUACUAAACAGAUAUGAUGAAGCUUGUAAUUUAUGGAGAAAUUUGGAAGAUAUGCGUACAGAUAAACCAGCGUGUCGGAGUGUUGAGUUUCAAAAUAGAAUUGAUGCUUUAACUGCAUGGCUUACUAUUACUGACGCCAUAAAUAGAGAGACCCAAGCUUUGAGGUUGUGGAUUGGUAAUGAUGAAUUAGAUAUUACCAAAUCCCCCGUUGAAGUUCCCUCAAGUGCAACAUCCACCUCAAAUAGUAAAAUAGUGAAAAAGAUAUUUGAUGAGGAUAACAAAUCAUUAGCUGAAAGACUAAUGAAAGAAAAAGAUGUACAUACAAUUUUCAAAAAAAGAAUUUUCAGACCAAUUUCUCCAUGGAUGAUAAAAUCUAAGGAAACUCACAUCAGAUUAGGUCAUAUGUUUGAAAUUAUGAAAUUACCAGAUUACCUUCACGAUUUAAUUCAAAUUUGUAUUAUUCCAAUGAAAUUAAUUAAAGAAAUUAUUAUAGUUCGUUUAAGUUAUGCAAUGAAAUUACAGAAUCCAACAAUGAUGAUGAUUGAUCAAAUGCUUGAUGAUUUUCAAUCGUAUAUAACUAUUGCCUUAGAAGUGAAACUGGGUAUUCAAGAAUAUAAACAGCCUGAUCCUGAUAAAAAUUGGUUAUUGAGUGAUCUAUUUGACACUGAGGUUUCAGAUUUCGAUAGUGUUAUUUUGAGGUGUAUACGAUAUUUUUUGGCUUUAUUUAACAAAAAAUUACUUGAUAGUUCAAGAUCUCAAACAAAUUUCAGGACUUUUAAAGAACCGGAAGAAUUAGAGGAAGCGUGGGGUUUUUUACAAUCACUCGGAAAUUAUAUUGACGGAGGUUGUGCAGUAGUCGCAGAAGAAAUUGCUAUGUUAACACUGAGAUUGAAUCAACGUCUUUUAGCUUACUUCAAUCAUUCUAUAAGGUUUCCAGCUCAUAAUGAUGGCUCUCAAGAUUUAAUAAGAUGGUAUAGCACAACUUUAGAUAAUUUUGGUCAAAUACGUCGUAAAUUGGCGAGAUUUACAGGUGACAUAUCUAGAUCCUUCACUAAUUCUUUAGUAUUUGAGGUACCCUCACAACAACAUCAAAAUAACACAAAACAAUUGUUGGAUGUAUUAAGAUCAACAAAUCAUUUUUUGGUAUAUACAAAUACCGUUGAAACCCAAGGUACUUAUUUUUUUGCAAGUCCAGAAUUAAUGGGUAAUGAAACAGAAAUUUUAAAAAUCAUUAAUGGUUCAUAUGUUGCUUUGGAUCCAAGUACCAAAGAAUCAAAUUUCUCAGAAUUGUUACAACUACUACAAGAUUCAAAUAAUGAUUUACUAAAGGAGGAACCAGAAGACGAUCUUUACAAACAUGCUUAUGUUGCAGCCUUAUGUCCAAUGAAACCGAUAGUUUGGGAAGGUGCUGUUGUUAAUGUGAAUGUUGAUUCUGUACCAAUCACAGACUUAAAAAAUGGUCAAUUGCUAGUCAUCUCAAAAGUUCAACAUUUUGAUUUGCAUGUUAUCAGAGAUAAAUUCUUAGAUAUAGUAGGUGAUAUCAUAAUGUCUGGAGGUACAAAACCAAUUGAACAAAGAUGUUCAUUAGCUGUGGUUCAUCAAGAAUUAACUAAAACCAACAAAGCCUUUUUCCGUAUGAGUUUAUCUGUCCUAGAAUCAGUUAAAAUAGCAUUGGACAAUUUCAGACAAUUUAAAAUUAGAGGUGAUUAUCAAGCUGUUAUUAAUAAUUAUUUUGUUUUUGCUCGUGAUUAUGGUAAAAACGCUGCUAGAAAUUUAGAUGCAUCACGAAAAUCAGCAAUUAUAAUGAAAUUAAUACAAUUAGCAAUUGAUUGGGUAAGUUUCAUUUGUGAUGAUUGUGUACCAACUGAUAGAAAAACUUUUAGAUGGUGUGUCUUAGCAUUAGAAUUUGCCAUGGAUAUGACUCGUGGUUUCAACAUCUUGCUAUUAAAUGAUGAGCAAUUCAGUAAAUUAAAAGUCAAGGUUGCAAGAUGUAUGUCACUAUUGAUUUCCCAUUUUGAUAUUAUGGGUGCAAGAUCAAGUGAAGCUGAAAAGAAUAGAUUAUUAAAAUGGUCAUCACAAAGACAAAAUAUUGCAAAUUCACAAAAUGAUGAAUACUCUUACAAAAUUCAUCAUGAAGAACUUAUGCAACAAAUUGCAGAAAUUGAAGAUUAUAGAAAAGAAUUAUCACUUGAAUAUCAAUCCAUUGGUAAAGUUAUUGACAAAAGUGAUCUGGAAUAUCAAUUUGUCACUUUGUUGGCUUCUUCAUUUUCAAGUGUCUCUAUCAGAUGGCAAAAGGGAAAAUUUAUUGGUGGUGGUACUUUUGGUCAAGUAUUUUGUGCAGUUAAUUUGGACACUGGUGGUAUAAUGGCAGUAAAAGAAAUUAGAUUUCAUGAUAGUCAGUCCAUUAAAAGUAUAGUCCCACAAAUCAAAGAAGAAAUGACAGUUCUUGAAAUGUUAAACCACCCCAAUGUUGUACAAUAUUUCGGUGUUGAGGUUCAUCGUGAUAAAGUUUAUAUUUUCAUGGAAUUUUGUGAAGGUGGUUCAUUAUCAGGAUUAUUAACUCAUGGUCGUAUUGAAGAUGAAAUGGUUGUACAAGUUUAUACUUUACAAAUGUUGGAAGGUUUAGCUUAUUUACAUCAAUCGGGAGUUGUUCAUAGAGAUAUAAAACCAGAGAAUAUCUUGUUAGAUCAUAAUGGAGUUAUUAAAUUUGUUGAUUUCGGAGCUGCUAAAGUUAUUGCAAAUAGUGGUAGAACAAGAGUAGCAACUAAAUCAAUUAGACCAGAAUCAGGUAAUCAAGAAAAUAUAAAUUCAAUGACUGGAACUCCAAUGUAUAUGUCACCAGAAGUUAUAACUGGUUCUUCAUCAGAUAGAAGUGGAGUAGUUGAUAUUUGGUCUUUAGGUUGUUGUGUCUUGGAAAUGGCUACAGGUAGAAGACCAUGGGCUAAUUUAGAUAAUGAAUGGGCCAUUAUGUAUCAUAUUGCUGCGGGUCAUAAACCACAAUUACCAUCGCCUGAACAAUUAAGUGAAGAUGGUAGAAGAUUUGUAUCAAGAUGUCUUGAACAUGAUCCUACUAAGAGACCAAGUGCUGUUGAGUUAUUAAAUGAUCCAUGGAUUGUAUCUAUAAGACAAGUAGCUUUCAGUGGUGGAUCAGAAUUCAAUACUCCUUCAUCAGAAAAUGGAAGUUUAGUUUAG